AUGAGUUCUCCAUCAUCAUCAUCAUCAUUCAUCCUCCCAGAUAUCCCACUACCGCAUGAGCGCAUCCUCAACUACUGGCAACAGAAAGCUGCCCUCGCUGCCGAGUCGUCCGCUGCUGCACCCGCUCAUUCUCCACUCACCAUGGAACCACCAUUGCCGGGCAAGAUCGUGCUGAGAGACAGUCCGGUUCAACGCUUGGCUCCACCUGCUACCUGGGCACCGCGGCGAGCGGUGCUAACUACUCUGUCCAACAAGAUCAAGCAGAAGCAGGAGAAGAGGAGGUUGGCGUUUGAGGAGCCUGAGGUUAGCAGGGAAGAGGACGAGCAGACAAUCUACUCACAAACAAAGAAACGUGCUGGAAUGGAGGACAACUCCUCCAUGGUUCCACUACUAGAGGAGGUGCGGCGGGGGGAGGAGGAUGAGAUGGACUUUGUUGCAAUCGUUAAUAGACCCACAGCUAAAUCAUGGAUGCCUCUCCGCGAGCUGGCGGAAGAUGUACCACACAGUAUCAUCUCGGCUCGUGAGGAGACAAACCACCACGGCAGACGGAUAAUAUUAAAAAUGAACAUUUCAUCCACGAAGAAAAUCUCUGAGGUAUAUCUACCUCAGAGAUUUUCAUCCAUAAUUUCUCCUGCAAAAGUUAUUAAAAUUAAUGCUAAUUGUAAGAAUUUAGGAAUAGUGGUGAAGCAUGUCACCGCUACAUGGACUGACAUUAAGAUUGUUAAAAUUUAA